UAGCUGCCCCCAAGCUCUGGAAUAGCCUAUCCCAUAACAUAAAGGCCUCCCCCACUAUUGAUAUUUUCAAAUCCAGUUUAAAAUCUUACCUCUAUGAUCUUGCUUUUAGCUCAGUCUGAGGCUGCACUAUUAAGAAUCUUGUCUACUUUGUUAUUCAUUUUUCUUUUGUUUUGUUUUGUUGUUUUUCAUUUCCGCCCUGAUUGUAAAGCACUUUGGGUCAACUUCUGAUGUUUUUAAAUGUGCUCUAUAAAUAAAAUUGACUCGACUUGACCAGCAGGGGGCGGUAGUUCUCUCAGGGACUCGGGCAGGAAGCGCAAUGAAUUCUGGGACUUUUAGUUCUCAAUGAGGGACGGUUGGCUUGAUAACAGCGCGAAGAACAAAACAAGACCUUAAUUAGCGACAAAUAAAACACCAGCCUGCAGUCCAGCAUUAGUGCAGGGUCCGUACGUGUUGAGUCCGGGUGAUUUCAGGUGGAUUGAGUCGCUGAACGAAGAAAAGCGGCUCACUUUUGGUGAAAAAUAAACAGGAAGUUGUUAGCGUUGUGGGACGUGUAGUUCCGCUGGCAGGCCACUGAGCUUUAUAACAACGCGCAGAAUAAAGAAACAACAAUAAAAUUAGCUAAACUUCACCUGAACGCCGUGCUUUCAUCCUCGACGUUGGAGUAAACAUGCCCGGGUUCACUUGCUGUGUCCCUGGCUGUUACAACAACUCGCACCGGGACCGGGACCUGCGCUUCUACACAUUUCCCAAAGACACCACGCUGAGGGAGCUGUGGCUGAGGAACAUCUCCCGGGCCGGGGUCAGCGGCUGCUUCAGCACCUUCCAGCCCACCACGGGACACCGAGUCUGCAGCGUGCAUUUUGCCGGCGGGAGGAAGACCUACAGCAUCAGAGUGCCGUCCCUCUUUCCUCUACGAGGGGUGAAUGAGCGCAGGAGUCGGCGGGGCAGAGGUAGGAAAGUGUCCGCGGCGGCUCCUUCCCCCGCCGCUGCAGCGACCUCCGGGAUUGUCAUCACAACCAGCGUACUGGGCAGCACGGCGGAGGGAGCCGAGGGCACCGCUGGCGGCGAGGCGAGCGACGAUAGCAUCACCGUGGUGCAGAUAGGCCAAAACGGGGAGUACCUGGGCACGGCGCGGCUGCCUGCCCAGUCAGAGGGGACUUGUUACACGGCGCCGAUCGGCAGCGGAGACGAGCUGACCGCCGACGACUCAUCGGCGGAGACCGGGUCCACCGUGCUGCAGCCGCCAGUGCAGUAUGUCAGCGUGACCAGCAGCCCGCUGGACCACUCGUACUCGCUGACCACCGGCACCACGUCCGCCGAGCUGCUGCGGAAACUGAACGAGCAGCGGGACAUCAUCGCACUGAUGGAGGUGAAGAUGAAGGAGAUGAAGGCGACCAUCCGCCAGCUCCGGGUGACUGAGGCCAAGUUGCAGGAGGAGGUGCGGGAGAGGGACCGGCUGCUGUACGGAAACUCGGUGGCUUUUAACGUCCGGAAGAAAAUCUGAUGGGUGAACAGCACCGGGGACAACCCGUCACAGAGACUCAGACUAACAGAGAAGACACAUUGGUGUUUGGAGACAUCAGAUACAGCCCUAUUUUGUAUAAAACUACGAGCGAUGACAAUUUAUUUUCAACAAGUAGAACUGAUUUUUCGUAGGCCUGAUGUAAAAAAAAAAAAAGUUGGCUGUCUAUGUUAUGUAGUUUAUCUCAGUAACCUCAUUGCUACGUACUCACAAACAUGCACACUCCACUAUUGGCCCGCAGCCCAGAACAGGGUCAAUAAUACAUAUUUUAUCCAUUCAACCGAGACUGAUAGUUUGCACAGACUUAAAAAGUUAGGCAGGCUUUACACAUUUAUACCUAGACUGAUGGAAAGACAGAGGAGGGACAUGCUCAAAACUGCCUAGUUGCAUAGAAAGUUUUUCUCUUUUAGACUUCUCUUACAGUGUUUUUAUUUCCUUGCCUUUUGAAUUUAAGUUUUAGGAGGUUGUUGCAAGAAACGUCUCACAGUAGAUCUGCAGAGGGAAUGUAAAGUCAGUACGCCAAGAUGGACUUUCUGCGAACGAAACACUAUUCAUGGCACACGUACGGUGACAGUCAAUGAAAUAAAACUCUACUACGACUUUAUUGAGUUGCCUUUGAAGGUUCCUUUUGGUUGCUUUCUAUUAUUUGUGCAACAGAAAACAGACGUUUAGAUGAAUAUGAAUUACAGGUUGUUUCUUGAAGACAUGCAUUAAGUUCUGCUCAUUCAAAGAUUUAUCAGGAAAUCUUGAGAGAAGUACAAAGCAAAACAGUUUGUCGAGACUUUAUGCAACUUGAACACAUCUGUCUGCCCCCCACGGUUGUUCUGUGAAUUUUAUGUGCCUGUUUCUGGUCAGAUGUUUCACCACACAGAUGUUUAGUGGCUGAAUUUCUCUGUCCUGUUCAUGAGUGUUUUCUGCUACAGGAUGUUACAUUUCUGAUUUUUGAACUUGGUCUGACACUUAUGCUCUGCUCUUGUUUUGAAGUAAAUUUCAUUUUUGAAAUGGUGCUGAUUCAUGUUGAAUAAUUUCUCAACGCAUGAAAUGUGUCCAGUGUUGCAGUAACAAGACAGAAACAGGCUGUGGGUUAUUUUAUUUUAUUUUUUUUAAUUGUUUUUACCUUCAAGUUGAAAGAUUGUAGCUUAACCCACGAGUCUCAUCUUAGCAGCUCUUAAAGUCACUCAGAGCUCUGCUGCCAAGUACCAGGAGCAUUAUUAUUAUUUUUUUUAGUUGAGUUGUGGAAAAAGAAAUAAAAUUUUUAUCAUAUUGAUCAUAAAUGCUUGUGAUGGGAAUGAAACAUGAAAUCUCAAUAAUCCUGCCCUGUUUUAUACACCUGUUGGAUGAACUGGUACUAAAAGCUUCACUUAGUGUUUAUUAUGUCAGUGUUAACAGAGCACCCAGAACAAGAUGUUGCGAGACAAAUAUGCUAUGUUACCUGUGUAAACUCUCUUCUGAAUCAAUGGAAAUAUCACUUGUACUUGGAUUUAGACAUUCAAUUUAGGAAUAUUUAUUACUGUACCAGGUUAAAUAAUUAACAUCAACAUCCUAAAAACACAAUGAUACUGAGAAACCAUAUCCCACAAGUGGUUCACUAUUUUCACUUCAUAGAUCACAUAAGACAGUUAAAAUGAAUGAAUUGAGUGUACCUGUAUAAAUAAUUGUUUUUUUGUUAAUAACAUGACUUUUUCACAUCAGAAAACAACAAGUGGUGAUGUGUUUUUUCAGUACAGUACAGAUGUUGCAGCAUGAUUUUCACCCUCUAGAUGGCGGUGGGAUAAAAGCUUGAAGAGUGGAGGUUUAGUCUAUAUGGUCUAAUUUGCUUUAUCUGGCUGUGUUUUUUUUUGACAGCUUGGAUGAUGUUCAUUUGCUUAACUGUAACUCUUAGUAAAGCAAAGUCUUAAUGUGAA